ACCCUGCAUAUGGUGGUGAUGAGGCAGUGUCUGAAAUGUGAAACUUGAUUAGGCAAAAUGGAUGAAUGGAGAAGAAAAAACACCGGCUUUGGCUCCAAAGAGAUUCAUCAAUCAUCAGAUACAUCAAAUGCUGUCCUUAGUCUUCUGAAAACCUACGGAUGCUCCGAAAGCCAGUUCUCUGUCUUGCCAAGAGAUGGAAACCACCAUAAAAGUGGCACCUUUACUGUGUCUUACCUCAUUAACUCAUGUGGGGUGUCCCCAAAACUGGCAAGGGAACUCUCCAACAGGGUCAAUUUGAAAAACCCUGAUGGCCCAAAUGCUGUUCUUGAUCUUCUCAAGAAUUAUGGGUUCUGCAAAACAAAACUUGCAAAACUUGUUGGGAGACAUCCUUUAGUGCUUGUUGCAGAUGCAGAGAAUACCCUUUUGCCUAAACUCAAGUUCUUUCGUUUUAUUGGGGUCUCCGACGCUGGCAUGCCUAAAAUCCUGAUUGCUAAUAGUUCUAUCUUGAAGAGGAACUUGGAAAAAUGCCUCAUCCCACGUUAUGAGAUCCUAAAGAGUGUACUUUGUGAUGAUCGGGAAGUUGUUAGAGCUUUGAGAAAUUCCCCUCUUGGUUUUAUAUAUGGUGACUUAGUGAAUGCCUUGGUUCCAAACAUUAAAAUUUUGAAGCAAUGUGGUGUGGCUCAGGCAUCCAUAUCAUUACUAAUAACCAUUGCUCUGUCUGCAGCGUAUGUGAAGCAUUCCAGAUUUGUGGAAGCAGUCAAAACAGUUAAGGAAAUUGGGUUUAGUCCUUUGAAAAAUAAUUUUGUCGUGGCUAUUUCUGUGCUUGUAACUAUGAGGAAAUCAGUCUGGGAUUCAAGGUUUGAGGUUUACCAGAGGUGGGGCUGGAACCAUGAAAUGUCUCUUCGAGCAUUUAGAAAGUUUCCUGGUUUUAUGAUAUUUUCAGGGGAGACUUUUACCAAGAAAAUGAGUUUCCUGGUGAAGGAUAUGGGUUGGCCAUCAGAAGCUAUUGCUGAAUAUCCUCAAGUUGUAGCGUACAGCUUGGAGAAGAGAAUUAUCCCUAGAUUCUCAGUAAUCAAAAUCUUGAAAUCAAAAGGUGUGCUAACAUGUACAUUAGUUCCAUUAUUUGCAUAACCGAGGAAAAGUUUUUGGAGAAAUUUGUCGUCAAUUUUCAGAAUGUUUUGCCUUUCUUACCAGAUGUUUACAGAGGUGUGAUCAAUCCUUCAAAUGUAUUGUAGUCUUUGAAUGUUUUUAUGGAUAUGGUUCUAAGUUCCAACUUUUUUUUAUUUCAAUACUAAAUUGAAGCUUGAGUUUAGCCUUCUUUCA